AUGGAUGCCUAAAGAAGGGGCGAAGAGAGUUUUCUGCCAGACCUCAAGGAAUUGAAGAAUGAUCUUGAUACUUCCUCAGAUAAUGUGAGUGAAGACUCAGAUUCAAGUCUCGAACUCAAAAAAAGAGAUCACCCGGAUUCCAUUUAACUUACAGAGCUAUAUGAAAAACGCGAUGAAAUUUAAGAGCAACUGAAUGAUCUAAGAUCUUCAAUCGGUAAAAAAGUACAAUCCGGGGAUAUCUUGGAUGUAAAGACUCAAUCGUCUAAGUGCCAUUGGGGCUUCUUGAUAAAGGAAAUGAAAUGGAUGGCAGAAGAUUUUGAGCGGGAAACAAAGAAAAAGAUUGGAGACACAAAAAAACAUGCAAGAUCCUGCAAGAAACAGAUUCAUGAGAAAAAAUUAAAAAAAGAAAAAGAACUUAAGGACUAGAAGAUUGAAGUCCGUAAGAAGGCUGUUAAUAUGUCUAGAAUGGUAUAGUAGUUCUGGAGAUCCAUAGAGAAAGUAGUUAAGCACAAUUAUAAUGUCCUCUAUGAGAAAAAGAGACAAUAAAUUAGAACAAAAAAAUUAGAAAACUUUGUCAGCAAGCAUCUAAAACUUAGUGUUAGAGUGGCUGAAGAAUUAAAUACCAAGUCAUUUAUUCAGCAGAGUAUGCAUAAUAAAGAUGGAACAGAUUAAAAUAUGCUAUUGAAUGGAGAUGAGAAUGUAGAUCCAAACAAAGGAGGUCAAGUUAUAGUUAAGAUCUAUGGUUCCUAAGAUGAAUUUACAAAUCAUAGAGAUAUUGAAAAACUAAAUGAUAGCAGGAACGAGGAAAAGAUAGAACUUUAACCAUAUAAAAGAUAAAAAGUAAAUGUCAUUGUCAAAAAAGAUGCAAAUGGAUAAUAUGAAGUUUUAGAGGAAUUCGUUAAGGAAGAUGCUGCUUAUUCUCAAUAGAUAAUGUCUCAAGUACCAGAAGAUAAAUAAAUUUCAAGGGCAUUAAUUGCUGAACAAACAGUAGAGAUGGCUAAAAGUUUCUAACCUACAGGUUUCACACUGUCAUCAGUUAAUGUGAAGACUAAAGUGCCAUUCUUACUCUAAGGGGAUCUAAGAGAAUACCAAAUUAUUGGUCUUGAUUGGCUAGUAACACUCCAUAAUAAGAAACUAAACGGUAUAUUGGCUGAUGAGAUGGGACUAGGAAAAACAAUUCAAACUAUCUCUAUGUUAGCAUCUCUUGCUUGUGAUAAAGGAAUUUGGGGACCUCAUUUGAUUGUUGUGCCUACCACAAUUAUCAUCAAUUGGGAAAUGGAAUUUAAAAAGUGGUGUCCUGGCUUUAAAAUCUUGACUUAUUUCGGGUCUUAAAAAGAGAGGAAAAUGAAAAGACAUGGUUGGAGCAAAGAAAACUCAUUCCAUGUUUGUAUCACAUCCUAUAAACUUGUUAUUUAAGAUCAUUUUGCUUUUAGAAGAAAGAAGUGGUAUUACAUGGUUUUAGAUGAAGCUCAAAAUAUUAAGAACUUCAAAAGUUAAAGAUGGCAAACUCUUCUUAGAUUUAAUACUAAGCGAAGAUUGCUGCUGACAGGAACGCCAUUAUAAAAUGAUGUUAUGGAACUUUGGUCCCUUAUGCAUUUCCUUAUGCCAAAUAUAUUCAGUAGUUAGUAAGAUUUUAAAGAAUGGUUUUCUAAUCCAUUUAACUAAUCUAUAAAUCAAAACUAGACUUUAAACAUAUCAGUAGUUCAAAAGCUUCAAAGCAUUUUAAGACCAUUCUUGCUAAGAAGAAUGAAAAGAGAUGUAGAGAAAUAGCUGCCAGAAAAGAUUGAACAUAUUGUCUAGUGCAAUCUUUCGAGAAGGUAAAGACUUCUAUAUGAUGAGUACAUUAACUCAGAUAAAACCAAGCAAACUCUAAAUGAUACUGACUUCUUUAGUAUUAUGAAUGUUCUCAUGUAGCUAAGAAAAGUAUGCAAUCACCCUGAUUUAUUUGAGCCUAGAUCGAUCGAAUCUCCUUUUAUCAUGCAAGAUAGGGUCAAAUUCAAUUACAGCUACUUGAUUUACAAGGCAUUUCAGAAUAAUCCUCUAAAAGAUGUCAGUCUUUAAAGCUUGAACUUUGUCUUAACAGAGUUCGAAAAUAUAUCAAGAGUUGAAUAUUAAACAAUGUAAGAGCUCUACCCGCGAAGACCUCUCAUUCAAGUUAUUGGUGAGAAUAAAAACCAUAUUGACAAUUUGAGCGAUCAUCUCUUACAAACUAGACCUAUGGCUGAUGGAUUCGCUAUUGGGAGAAGAUUGCCAAUAAAUUGCAAUGUACUUGCAAAAUCAAAUACAAAAAGUCUCCAACACACAUUACCAACUGUGCUUCCUUAUGAAUCCAAUAUUUUCCAUGAUAUCCCUUCAUAUCUCAACACCGCUUGUCUACCAUUUGCUCAACACUACUAUUCACUUGACUCAUUUGACUAUAUGAGAUACUCUUAAAGAAAUAAAGAGUUCAAUGAAUUUGAUUCUUAUAUGAGUGCUCUUCACAAUGAGGAGCAGAGACUAUAUCUACUCAAAUUUGCAUAGAAGCUUAUUUAAUGGAAAUAGGUAGAUACUAGUAAUAGGAAUAACUUGGCUUUCAAGAAACCAGUGUAUGGUGAGGACUGCAGAAAAGCAGUAAAGGUAAAUCUAUUAUUUGGUGAUGUAUUUGAAGUAAAACGACACAAAAAUCUCGAUAAGAGCAAUAAAGACAAUAUAUCAAUGAUCAAUGAUCUUGAGAAAGCAGCCUAGACUGUUUUUAACCCAUUUUCCCAGAAUAUUUGUUUUAACUCUGAGUCAAAAGAGCUGAGAGAGCAAUUGAACUAAAACAUAGUUGAGGAUUGGCCUGAGCUUUCAGAAGAGUAGAUUGAAUAGUAUAAUAGUCACAACCCACUAAUUAAAGAAGUACCUAUGAGUCUGCAAAUAAAAAACAAAAAGAGGAAGAAACAGCUCAAAGAGCAAUUCAAAAAGGAAUAAGAGGAGCAAUAAAGAAGAAUUUAACUCUAGAUAUAAGAGUAAAUAAUGAGGAGCAGUCUAGCUCAGCAAGAAGACUAACAGAUGGAUGAUGAGAGUUAGGUCAUCGAAAGAAUUACUAAAGUUUAAGAUAAGGAAUUCUUCAUUAUAAUAAAUAAGAAGGGAGUUUAAGAAAAAGAUGAUUUCUCUAAUGAUAAUGAUGAAUUAUAGAAAAGAUCGAAUUCUAAUGUUGAGAUAAUAAUCAAUGAUAUAGAAAGAGAGGUAAUAGAGUAUAGAAAAUCAAUUCCAUAGGAAUAGUUCAACUUUGAUAUAAAUGAAGCAUAGAAUGAUUAAGUAAAACCAUCAGCAGAGGAUCAAUAAAUUAAUUUGGAUGAUUAAUCACCAUACUAGAAAAUAUAUCAAAAUGCUAGUAAAAGGUUUAAGAAAGAGUCUGAUGCCAAUGAAAAUGAACUAAUCGGAGAUGACUAGAAAAUGAAUAUUGAAUAUGAACUCUAGGAAGGAAUUUCUGGGCCAUAAGUCAAUGAAAUCAAGAAAGAUAUAAGUUUAACUCUUGAUGUUAUUAAGGAGGAUAAUUAUUUGUAAUACAACUUAAAGUAGCUGUUAAAUUAAUCUCCUGGUAUUUUAAAGGAUGGCUUGAAUGAUUAAUAAACAAAAGAUAUAAAUCAUUUCUCAGCAAGUAUCUUUGGAAAUAACGACAUAAGAUAGGAAGAAAACCAGUUCAAGCAGAAGAUCACAUAUAAAAAUUGUGAAGGUUUAAGAGAGUUAAUUACUACUCCUUUACAAAGAGUGCAGAUACUUGAGGAAACUAUUAAACACUAUAAGUUUAUAAUACCCAAGUGUGUAGCCACAACUGUAGAGUUUAUUCCUUCCAAGAUUGUUACUUAAAACCAAAAAGAAAAGGCUUAUGAGAGAUUCUUGUACCAGAAGCUGAUGAGCCACAGAAACGUCAAUCAAUCUCUUAAGUACUCAAACAUUUUGUUUUUCCCUCACAAGAACCUGAUUUAAUAUGACUGUGGUAAAUUAUAGAGAUUGGCUAUGCUUCUUAAGAAUCUUCACUCUAAAGGGCACAAAGUAUUGAUCUUCACUUAAAUGACUAGAAUACUUGACAUUCUUGAAAACUUUUUGAACUUACAUGGCUAUUCCUAUGUUAGAUUGGAUGGUUCAGUCAAAGUUGAGAUGAGACAGAGAUUGGUGGACAAGUUCAACCUCAAUAAGAAGAUAUUCUGCUUUAUCUCCUCCACCAGAUGUGGUGGAAUUGGUAUUAACUUGACAGGAGCAGACUGUGUAAUCUUUUAUGAUACAGAUUGGAAUCCUGCAAUGGAUAAGUAAGCCUAGGACAGAUGUCAUAGAAUUGGCUAAACUAAGACGGUGCAUAUUUACAGACUUAUUUCUAUAAAUACUAUUGAGGAGAACAUCUUUAAAAAGAGUUUGCAGAAGAGAGACUUUGGAGGUCUUAUCAUAGAAGGUGGCUUUGACAUGGAGUUUUUCAAGAAAGUCUCACUUAAGGACAUACUUGAGGAUGAAGACUUCUUUAAGCCAAAGAGAAGGAACCUAAUGAAAGAAGAAAACAUCGUUUUUCAUUCUAAUAAUCAGAAUCUAGGUUUGAAUGAUGAUGAAGAGCAUGAGAAUAUACAUGAACUUGACUUCGAGAAGUAAAGGGAAAUUGAGAGCUAUCGAAGAAGAUUCGAAGAAGCUCUAGUUAGAAUAGAGGAUAAAGAGGAUGUAAUUGCUCUCUAGCAAGCUAAAAGAGAAAUAGAUGAUGAGUUCGAUGAGGAAGCAAUUUUGUAGCAAGAAGCUUCAGUGACUACUGGUCCCUCUAGUAAAUUUGGAGAUGCUUAAACACCAACAAUUGCAAACUAAGAAGGUGCUUUACCACUUCCCACUGAGGAGGAAUAACCAGAAUAAGUACCAGCUUUCGAUGAUAAGAGUGCCUAAUAGCUCUAGAAAGAGAUGAAAAAGAGCGAAUUUAUCAACUGGCGUACUCAUGCUACUCUAAACGAUGUGACUAAGAUGUGCAUUGAGUAUUAUGAGCACGGCUUUACUUUUGAUUCUUACCUUGAUGAUCGAGCCAAGAAAGACAAUAAAUUUGUGAAUCCCCUUAAGGACGAAGAUGAGGAGGUCAAACAAGACAGGGAAGAGCAUCAAGAAAAAGAGGACAACGGCAGUGAGUUUAGUUUCUCAGAUGAAGAUGAACAGAUGUCUUAGAAUGAGGAUCAAUAAGCCAUGGAGCAAUAUGAUAGAAGUAUGGCUGAUUCUCUAUACAAGAGAACUAAAUACGAGAUUGAAUAAAAGUAUUUUGUAUUAUGA